AUUUUCUCCAAGCAUUUAAGUUCAGGAAAUCUUAUUAUUAUUUUCAUAAACUCCCUAAAUAGAUAAACUCCUCAGGUUAACAAUAUUUGGGCAUAAUAUAUAUAUAUUAUUUUUCUACGUGACUAUGUUGAUAUUAAAGAAAUGGCAAUGGUAACCUCUCAUUAUAAGAUACCUUUUUUUCUGAGUACAUGGAACUCAAACAUAUGAAAAAUAUACCUACAUAUAUGUUCAUAUGUAACAUCUGUGCGACUUUUGCCAUGCGUAACACUGCCGGCAGGCAAUCCAAUCCAAAUCCGACCUUUUUUGGGGGGCACUUUUAUGGAGCAUGAGAAACCGGAGGAGACAGACAGAUAUCAUUGCUUUUAAUUGCCCCGAUCGCAGCGCCUAGGCCUAGGUCAGUCGCAAUUGCAGUCUCCGCCAUCUCGGGCUCAGUCUCGCAGUCUCUCUCUCAGCCUCAGCGCCAUAAUUAAUUUAAUAAAAUGUAAAGCAGCCAGUUUGAAAAAAAAAAAAAAUAAAAUAACAAAACAAAAAACUUGACUCAUUCUCGUCGCUCAGAAGCGACGACUUUGAGCGCGUUUCGGAUUGGAUUCGGUUGACUCACAACUUUUGAGUUCAACUCGUUUUUGUGGCAUUCAACGGCAAGCGAAUAAAAGUUCGCUGCCUCGAAAUUCUAUGAUCAGUUUACAGUCUCAACUUCACCCAGACCCAGGUGUUCCAGUUUCGGUUAAAGGUGCCUUUGCCUUCCUUCUUCCCGCAGAGGAUUAGCCCCCGCUGAAAAGUAUCCAUAACAAACCAAUCAUCAUGCUGACCGCCUGCCAAGUAGCGCUGAUCGCCGGAUGCUUGGCCACUCUAGCCGUGAGCUCCGUUCGGUCGCAGUUCUUCUACCACCAGGCGCUGGGCUUGCCUUCCACUCACUCCGCUUCUUACGAACCGGCCAAUCCCUACCAGGGAUAUGCCACCGCUGAUGCUCAUCCUUCGGUGGUGCGGAAUGCCCAAUGGGAGGCCGAGCUGCCGCCAGAGCUCUCCAAAAGUGCGCGCUUCUAUAAUGAUCCUGUGAUUGCCGCCAACCUGGCCAAGGAGUCGCUGCUGACGAGAAAGGAAAUGGCCGUGGUGCAUCGUGAGGCUGAAAAAAUACCCCGGGAACAGGUCUACAAGCUGUUCAAGAACGCCGGCUACCUGAAUCGCAGAUAG